AUGGCAUCAGUCCAGACUCCUGUGAGGCAGCCAUUUGGCGUGCUUGACAGUUCCAAGCUACGCAAUCUCCAAAGUAUCAAGAACUGCCAAAAUGCUCCAUCUUCAGCACCCUUGCUCAAGCGUCGCCAUGUUGCUCUGGACUUGUCAGACUCUGAGAAUGUUGAUCCCAUAGACUUCAAGGCAGCAGGAUCUAAACGAAUGAAGACUGAUACCUCCGACGACCUUUGCAAACCUUCAGCAUUCACACUGAAGACCUUUCCUAAACCCAAGUCUCGGAUCUCAAGCUCCUCAAUCUUGACACCUCGUCCAGAGACUCCAACCAUCAACACUGCCAUCAAGCCAACCAUUACCUCUUCCGCCCCUGCAGCAGCCGGCCGCUCUCCCAUCAAAUCAAAGCGGUCCGGUAUCCUCUCCAACCGCCGCACGCGUCUUAAUGCUCCAGUACUUGGUGGUCGUAGCCGUGCUCCUCUUUCACUAGCAGCAGCUCUCAAUGGCACUAUAGCUAACAAGAAGCACAAAAAACACGUCGAUACUGCCACCCUGGAGGAUUCUAAGCCCAAGUCGUGGUUCUUCGACAUCUACGAGGAGACAGAGGCACAGCAGGACUUUGUGGUCAAUGAAUGGACCAUGACCCAGUCUGCCUGCUCUCUUGACAUCUCUGAUGACGAAAGUAAGGCUGUCACCCAGGAUGAUAGGGGUAAAGAGAACGUUCCACCCAACGAGGUCCAUUCCCUUGCCAUCACUCCUUCCGGCAAUGCUCCUUCAACCCAGGCAGCCACUUCAAGGAAAGACAUGAUGACCGAUGAGCCUCGAACUCCUCUGGGGGACCUCAACCCGUCCGACUACUACGCUGACGGUCAUGAUGCCACUUCCAUCGUCCUCGUCGCUGAAGAUGAGCCAGAGCCUGAGAAGCCAACCGCCUCCGACGCUGCCCAAGACCUCACACCGGAAGCCCCGUCAACAGACUUCAACUUCAGUGCUGGAUUACCAGCCACCGAAGGAGAACAAGACAAGCUGAUGACCAAGGCCGAGCUCAGCAGCCUCCUCCUCGGCGCUGCAUCGUCCCUCCCCUCGGAGCAAGACGACGUCGAAGCAGGUCUCUUCGAUAGGUGCCACGGAGGUGCGGAUGCCGAGACUGUCGAGCCGGCUGAUAUCGAGAUCUGGGAGAGCGGAAGCGCAAAGGAUGAGAGUGGCGACAUGGAGGCCCGUGACAGUAUCUUUGCUGUGUUGUGA